AUGUCUCCGGACAAUGGCAAGGGGCUUGCGGCAAUACCCGACAACCCGUCGUUCACCAACAGCGGUGCUGGUACACCUAUGGACGUAGACAGCGAGUUCCUCCACGAUCGCCCGGGUGGCAGGCCCGUGUCGACCUCGAUAAACGACCUCCCCGACGAGAUCCAGCACAUUACGGCCGAAAUCAUGCCUCUGAGCGUCGUUCUCAUGAGACUCGCGCAGUGGACCCAUGUAUCUUUGCAAGACCAAGUUGGGCACCUCGCGUCAAAGCCUCUUCCCCAAAACAUGGCCAACGGCAACGCCAACUACAGCCCCACAUCGGCCGAAGAUGCUUCGCCUGAGAGCUUGGACAAGAAACAGACGCUCCUCACCUGGGCCAUGGAUAUCCAUACGAGAUGGACCAAGCUCUUGGUUAUCACGGAAUGGAGCAAGCGAUCCGAGCAUGUUGGGCGACUCAUUGACAUGAAAAAUCAUCUACAGAUGAGUCUUGAGCGGUACGGCUUCCUGUUUUGGGACUUGGUCAAAGUCAAAAAUCAUCUUCGAUGGGCCACAGUGGCCAGCCCCGACCUCAAGACGGCGCUCGAGGUGUUGAGUUCUGGCGAGGCAUCCUGGAUGCCGGAACUCAGCUUUAUAGCACCACCCCCAAUAUCGCUCGAAGAGAGGGAAUCUUGGAUGGACAACAUCAAUACUCUGCUCAGCGUGCGGCUGAGCUUUGACGAGCACGAAAGACUACCGCUACAGUUCAGGGACUAUACUGUCGGUUCCGGGAGAGUCACUUUUAUGGUCAAGGACGAAUUUGAAGUCGACUUGACGAUUGGCGACGAGGAUUUCGAAAAGCAGUUUUGGUUCAUCGACUUUAGGUUUGGCUUCGGUCCUGCGCCAGUUGAGAUCUCUGAGCGAGUGCGGCAGUUCCUCGAGCACAAAGUCAAUCUGGUUUUGGGAAACGAAGGCCUUGCUGGUUGCUACAGAUACCUCCACGAGUUUGUCUUGACGCAGAAAAUCGGCGAGUUCCGUCGCCAGGCAGUUGAGCUCAGUAUGGGCAGGUGGAUUGACGCCAUAAAAGUGGAGAGGCUCAAUCGCGCGCUAGCAAUACAAUACUGGCUGAACCGGCCACAUUCCCAGGGCUCCAAGAGCUGGAUCAUCAUCGGGGUAUAUAGCGGUAACGGCUUUAAUGGGCUUAAGGACUUGAAAACUGCUAGUUGGCUGCAGCUACGGUGGUUUCGCGACAAUAAGGAGGUCAAGGACUUCGAUAUUCCCUGGGAUCUUGGCGCGAUAUCCGUCGAGGCAUUGUUGACGACAGUCAUUGCGAGACACGUCGAAUUCUUACUCACGGCCAUCUACAAGAAGCUCGCGAUCAAGCCACGCUUUGCACGGAGGCAAGCGAGCAUGGCCUUGCAGAUCUCGAAAGACGAGCCCUUGAAUUCAAGUCUGACGUUGCAGCUAUUUGACGACGAGAACGCCACAAUUCGGAUCGACCCUGUGACGGGAUCCUUCACCUUGUUUCCUCAAUGCUACACCAUUCUCGACGGCCAGCACAGGCUCAACUCGAGCCCAAGUCCGGCAGACGAUGGCCCAGUUGCUCUAGAGCAGCUCAGGUGGAACUAUACGUUGAAGGAUUUCAACAGCCGAGCCAAGAGCCUCGGGUGGACUACCAUGAGACCCCCGAUCCCGAGCGAUGACCUAAAGAGCAUUGUGUACUCGGGCACUGCAACUCCGACCAUGCGAGAACCGUAUAUUCCGGUGUGGCUGAGAAAGGCCGGCUGGAGCCCGCAGUGGUUUUUGAUGUUGAGCUUGAGCUUGGGUGGGGACCAGUGGUGGUUGGUUGAACUGUCUGGCCAGAAGCCCGGGCUGUUGACGGGCCGCCUAAAGAUGUUCAUCAAGAUGCCCAUGUCAUCAAGCCAACUGAGUUUGUCAGAUACCUUCUUCCAGAACCUUGCCGUGUAUGCUACCGGCAUGAUAUCCCAGCUUACGGACCUUCGCGAACUCCAUUCUAAGAAGAUGGCCCACACGGCUCGGGAGUCAACGAGCUACAAUCUCUUCUCCCAAGUCAAGAUCCCGACUCUAUACGUCCGGCUAUCAGACAUGCUCCGUUCUAGAACAGAUUCGGCAAGGGAGCCACCCACACCUUGGGCAAGAGACUUUAUUCCGAUUAAUUUUAAGGGGAUUCAGAAUACGUCGGACACCCAGGAUGCCGCCCCCUCCAUGCCAAGGCAAGAUGUACGAGUCAAGAUCAUUGCAGAAGCUCGACUUGCUGUCACCAACAAGGAAAAAUUCAAAUUCCUCAAAGGGAACGUCGACCACGACGUGGUAUACAAUCCGCGCAUUGGCCAGUUCUCUCUGCGGUUGCGAGCCGACAUGGGCACGCCCGUGGUCAACCUGCUCUCGACCCGAAUUCAAGCUCUGGAGCGUUUGGUCGAUUUUGUACAAGCCAUCAGCAAGGCUGGUAAGAACGCUGUCCCAGAAAGCGUCACUCUCCGCGAGGUUGUCUUCACCUAUUGCAGCAGCCCUCCUCAAACAUCUCCCCCACCACCAAUAGGCGGCACCUCCGCACAACAACAGCAGUCGCUGCCACCGCGAGCUUGGAGAGUGCGGCUUGAUCUUGCUAAGGAAAAGGAUCAGCUAGUGAGUGUCGCGCUUGAGAGGGGCAAUCCGCACCUCCGAGUGCUCGACUUUUUGACCGUGUUAGCAAACUCGCCAAACUUUGAGAGCUUGCCCCUCUGUCUCCUCUUCACCUUGCCUUUGUACCGAGGUCUUGAGAAGGUUGAAAACGCAUGGGAGCCCAUUGUCUCGAACAACGAGGGGUCUUGUCAAAUCUUCCCUAGGUCGGUGACCUCGGUGACAAUUCGAUAUACCUUGCUAGGAACUCCUGGCUCCCUCCGCCAACUGAACAUUGAGUUGCAAGUAGCUAAGCGAAAAGGAAAGACCAUGUGGCACGUCUUUCGCUCUGCCGGUGGCGGUGGCAUUGGCGCCAGAGACCGUAACGACGAGUUUGACAAGGUGUUGCAGCAACGGGUCUGGUCCGCUCGCGGCAUCGGUUUUAAGGGAUUGGUGACGAGCGCUGCCGCAGACCCGGAAAAGGGCAUAGAAGCCCUUCUCGAUCUCAUUGAUGAGUCCGUCCGAUCUCUGGUUGGCACACCCAUGCCGCCGGCGCCUCCAAUUCAUCAACAAACUCAAGUUCAUGGAGGACACGAGGCGGUGGCCGCAACGGCAGCGGCUUCAGCUCCUAUUCCCCAGGCAAACAUGGCAGGCAACUGGCUUUUGCAGCAGCAGCACCAACAACAGCAGCAGCAGCACCAACAACAACGCCAGUCGCUAGCCCAAGCCAGUGCUCAACACCACCAGCAGCAACAACAUCAUCAACGGCCUGGCGGGAACGGUGGCGGAGGCACUAUACCCGGAGGCAAUAGUAACGCGCCUCUCAUCCUCGACUAA